AUGUCACCGUUUAACGAUACACCACACUACGAAGCGCACCGGAACUUUAUCGUUUCACUACGGACUCAACCGUGCGCCAACGUGCACUCGGUGCUCGCCGACGAACGGUGUUUGUUUGUGCGUGAGACGGAAGAAUGUCGCGAAGCAGUGCACUACAUCGAUUACAUGCGCUUUAUGUACUGUGUCGUCGACAGCUCAAAUGUUGCCCUAUUUUCUGCCGCCAUUGCCGGAUUGCUAAUGGUGGUCCUGGUUCUGGCUUCCAUAAUCCAUUACCUUUGCGUCCGCCGAUACGUUGAUGCCAUUCUGUAUGCUUCCAAGUCUUUCAGACUAACCGAAUACAUGGCCGGCGUCACGUUGCUCACGUACGGAAACGGCCUUCCGCACGUGCUGUCCCAGGUGAAACAUCAUCAAAUUGCCGAUACGGAACGGAUAUACAAUCAGUAUCUCGGCUCGGCCGUGUAUCAAAUAGCGUUUCUCGCGUCAACCAUCAUCUUCAUGGGAAGAAAGUUUUUCGUCCACCCGGAAGUAAUAGUUCCCAACAUUAUCGCGCUAAUGCUGGUGGCGGUGUUAGUGGAAGCCUUCAUGUAUGUCGAAUAUGUUGGCAUUUUUAAAACCACCAUUCUGCUGUUAGUUUACGCCGUUUUUCUGGUGGCUCUGAGCGCGAUCGCUUCCGCGCUGAAUAAGCGUGGUGACGGAGCGAGGAGCCUCAUACUGCUGCGGGAUGCGGACGGAAAUGUGCAGGAAAUCACAGAACCGGUCACGAACAGUGAGGAACGAUUCGGUUUGUGGCAACAGUGGUGUCACUAUCGUGACGCUUAUCGGGCGGCCAACUGGUACGGACGCUCCUACACAAUCUGCAUGGCGCCCGUCGAACUACUGGCUUUGCUUAUCCUGCCAAGAGUGCACCAUCAACUUCCUCUGCAUGGUUGGAACAAGUACCUCUUCAUCCUCUGCCUUAACGUGCUUCCACCGUUUCUGUUCUACACCUUACUCGGUGAGUCACUGACAGCGAACGAGAUCGGUUUUAUCUGUCUCGGAAGCCUUCUAACUACAGUUGCCGGUAGCGUCGCGAUCUGCAUCUUCACCACGAACGAUCAGAGACCUGCGUUCUUCGCCUAUGUCGCACUAUUCACGGUUUUCGGAACGUCCUAUUUGGUGCUGCUGGUCACCAGAGAACUGGUGGCCAUUUUGGAAACACUGUCAAUCAUCGCGGACAUUUCGCCGCCAACGUUCGCCAUCACGAUCCUCUCCUGGGGCCACUGUUGGAUCGAUCUGGUAACGUACAUCAGCCUAGCCCGCAGAGGCUACCAACGGCUAGCUUUUGCCGCGUGUUACGGGAGUCCUCUUUUCAAUAUUCUCAUCGGCCUCUGCGUUGUGUUCAGUGUGCAGAUGAUCCGAACCGGUUCGAUGACCAUCCACGUCCGUGACGGAGCAUCCGGACCAACUUGCGCUGUGCACAUCUUCGUUAUUUCCUUUGGGCUGCUUCUGACGCUCCUGUUUACCCGCUUCUGGGCACGGGCUAGUUUGGCAAUGUGCCUGAUGAAGUCAUAUGCCACCUUUAUGGUGUUCAUCGUGUUGCACGAAAUCGAGUUUCUGCACGGCUACGGCACCGACCACAAUGACGAUGGCGAAUUCUUCCAGGACCGGAUUCCCCAGCACGCCGGCGGUUGA